GGCACGAAGAUAUGACACACGGACUACGAUAUUUUCUCCAGAGGGUAGACUGUAUCAAGUGGAAUAUGCGAUGGAGGCGGUGGGGCAUGCUGGCACUUGCUUAGGCAUUGUUGCGUCGGACGGAAUCGUUUUGGCUGCCGAGCGCCGUUUCAUUAAUAACUUACUCGAUGAGACGGCUUUUUCGGAAAAGAUAUACAAGAUUAACGAUGAUAUCGCCUGCGCGGUAGCCGGAAUCACCGCAGACGCCACUGUCUUAAUCAAUGAAAUGCGGCUAAUCGCUCAACGGUACUUGCUUUCUUAUCAAGAGCCAAUGCCAGUGGAACAACUCGUGUAUCAUAUCUGCGAUCUUCAACAUGGCUAUACUAUGUAUGGUGGACGAAGACCGUUCGGCGUGUCCAUGUUAUUCAUUGGUUGGGAUGAUCGUCACGGGUAUCAGCUUUUCCAGACCGAUCCCUCUGGUAACUGUCUCGGCUGGAAAGCUGCCUGUAUAGGCUCAAACUCUGCCGCUGCUUCAUCAAUUCUCGAACAAGAUUAUGAUCCACAAUGCACGACGGAACAGGCCAUCAAAUUGUGCCUCAAGUCACUUCACAAAACAAUGACAAUGUCCAAGCUUACGUCAGAUAAAGUCGAGUUGGGUGUUCUACAACGGCGCGGUGGCAAAACUUACGUUCGCCUGAUCAAUCAGAGUGAAGUGGAUGCCGUCAUACGACAGAUAGAGACGGAAGAACCACCGAAAAAGUCAUAGACCGCCUCAUUGCUGUUGUUUUUCCCGGUCUGUUUUCAACUACAAAAUGUUGCCAAGCUGAUCAAACUCUCUUUUUUACCGAUAAACGGCUCCUGUCG